GUGGCUCUGAUGGAUCUCGGCUACUCGUCACAUGCAUUCCACUCGAGUGCCCGGCUCGUUUUCAUGGACGCCACGUUGUCCAAGGAUAAACGUUCUCUGACUGUGCUCAGCCCACCGAACAAUCGGGUCUAUCCGCCUGGUCCAGCGUUCAUCUUUGUCACGAUCGGAGAGACGACGAGUGCCGGAGCUCACGUCAUGGUAGGAUCUGGGGCAAACCCCCCGCUCGUGGACCAAGGAGUUCCACUGUCGAUUUGAGUUACUUGACAAUGGGACAAUCACUUGAAAUAGUACAAUUGAAUUAAAUGGUCUUCAUCUCAUGACCGGUUAAACCACC